UUAGGUAAGCUGCCUUGAGUUCCUUGGUGGGAUAUAAAUUGAAGGAAUGGAUGAAUGAAUAAUUGACUUUAAAAGGAGGUGUGCUUCAUGCCUUUGUUUAAAUUUGUCCUUUCCCGGAAUCACUUGUGCCAAUUAUUCUUAUAUUGCAUUUAUAUCCCAACUUCUUUCCUCUCGCAAGGAGCCCAGAGAGGCACACACAGCCCUGCCCCACUCCAUUUUAUCCUCACAACAACCCUGUGAGGUGGGUUUGGAUGAGAAUGACUGGCUGGCCAAAAGCUUUCCGCUGAGUCUCAUGGCUGAGUGGGGACUAGAACCUGGAUCUCCCAAGUCUUCGAUCCAAUACCAUCCUGGCCUCCGGAACGCCAACAAGGAGAAGAAUGAACAGUGUUAUCUCCAACGUGCGACCGGAAUAACAGCAGGCAUCCCCUGGCGUGCCGCAGAGGGUCACUGGAUGCUGCUCAGUGCGGUAGAUUGCCUUGCAGGAAGAGGUAGGGGCCAGGAGGAGAAAGGUGCUCACAACGGGUGGCCUCUCCCCAGUCUGCCUCUUCUCCUCCUUUUAAGAGCGAGCCAGCAAGCCAGCUGUGUUUCUCUUAGCCGAACCUGCACAGGUGCUUAGCAGCGGAAGAUGAAGCUCCUUCGUGGCCUGAUUGUCCUCCUGGCUUGUGGUGUUUUGGGAGCACAAGGCAGCCUCCUAGAAUUUAGAAAGAUGAUCAAAAAACUCACCGGCAAAAGUGCCUUCCCACACUACACCAUGUAUGGGUGCUACUGUGGAUUGGGUGGCCACGGACAGCCACGGGACGCCACGGACAGCUGCUGCUUCGCCCACGACUGCUGCUACGAGAAGCUGCGCAAAUGCAGAACCAAGACGGACAGGUACAGAUUCAGCAUCACGGACGGAGUCGUCACGUGCGGCGGAGGGACCUGGUGCGAGCAGCAGAUCUGCGCCUGUGACAAGGCAGCGGCGGCCUGUCUCCGAGGCAGCCUGAGCUCCUACAAUGCCAAGUACCGCUUUUACUCCGACAAACUAUGCGCAGAACCAUCGCGGAAGUGCUGAGCCGAGCGCCGGCGUGUCCAAGGGGGCAGGAAGACUCCUGCUCCAGAAUGAAAUAAAGCCCCCUUUUCCUUUCCUUUCCACUGAAAUGCACUAAAUUCGCCAUUAUGUUUAUGUUAUGAUAGAGAAGAAAAACUGACGAUCCACACGGUCAUCGAAGAGGAAAGUUAGAAGGGGACAAGGAGGCCAUCCAGCCCAGCCCCUGCUUGGUGCAGGAUCCAGAAUGCACGUGACAUAAACACAGGCUCAUAUUUUGCCUUCGACCUCAUAUUCAUUGCAACUGCCCAAUAAUUUCUUUGAUAACCAUCCAGUCAACUUUAUUCUCCUCAGCUGCACCUUUGAGUGACCCACUGAUUAGUUUCAGCUGAUCUCUGUUCCCAUCACUUUCCCCCAUAAACCAUGGCAUCCUGUUUCCACCUUAAUCUGCUCAAGUGGUCUCAUGAAAUACAUAUUUUGAUGCAUUUUGGUUAAAAUACUCAUUUCUAGGAAAAAUAAUUUGACAGAGUAUGCAGUGAUGA